AUGACGGCCCAGAGCCCCCCGGCCUCCACGUGCCCGGCGGGCCCUGAGGCCGGGCCCCCGUCCAGGCUGGGGGCCUCGGUCAAGCUGGAAGCGGCUCCCCGCGAGGCCGAGCCGUCGGAAGAGGAGGCCUCGUCGUUGGGGGACCUGCGGCCCGCCGGCCGCCGCAGGAAGCGGCCGGUGCAGCGCGGGAAGCCCCCCUACAGCUACAUCGCCCUCAUCGCCAUGGCCAUCGCCCACGCCCCCGAGCGCCGCCUGACCCUGGGGGGCAUCUACCGCUUCAUCACCGAGCGCUUCCCCUUCUACCGCGACGGGCCCCGCAAGUGGCAGAACAGCAUCCGCCACAACCUCACCCUCAACGACUGCUUCGUCAAGGUGCCCCGCGAGCCCGGCCGGCCGGGCAAGGGCAGCUACUGGGCCCUCGACCCCCACGCCCGGGACAUGUUCGAGAGCGGCAGCUUCCUGCGGCGCCGCAAGCGCUUCAAGCGCAGUGACCUCUCCACCUACCCGGCCUACAUGCACGAGGCCCAGGCCCAGAGCCUGGCCUCCCCUUACCCGCCUCCCCAGGCCCUCUGCUACCCGUCCCCGCCGCCCCUUUUCGGCCUGGGACCCCUCAUGGCCCAGCCCGGCCCGGAGUUGGCCCAACAGCAGCAGAACCCGGACGCGGCCACUUCCCCUGGCGCCAACUGCUCCUUCGCAGGCCCUGCGGCCUACUCUGGCCAAGGCUGCCCGCCGGGGCCUGGCCUCCCCAGGCCUCCCAACGCCGUGCCGUACUCCUACCAGCUGUCCGCUGCCGCCCAGCCGCUCCAGGUGAACCAAGGCGCCUACCCUCAGAGCGGCGGCGGGCACCUCUUCGGGGCCUCGGCCCGCCUGGCCGUGCCGGCGGCUUCCCCGCUCGGGAACGACCCCAUGGACUUCUACGGCAGGAUGUCCCCCGGCUCUUACGGCUCCUUGGCCCACGGGUACAACGCCGGCGGGCAGUUCGGCAACCCCGGCGCCUACCUGCGACACGCCGCGUACUCCAGCAACGUGGAAAGAUUUGUUUCGGCCAUUUGA